GUUUCUCCCGGCAAGAUAUGUUUUCCGGUCGAUGGUCGAGCCUCGCCGGACGAGUCUCACUUCAUAUCUCUGAUUCAUGCCUGCAAAGAAACCGUAAGUCUCCGCCGUGUUCACGCCCAGAUCCUCCGUGGCGGCGUUCUCAGUAGCCGCGUCGCUGCUCAGCUGGUUUCUGGCUCUUCUCUUCUCAAGUCCCCGGAUUAUAGCCUCUCGAUAUUCAGACAUUUGAAAGAGAAGAAUCUGUUUGUUUUCAAUGCUUUGAUCCGUGGUUUGACGGAGAAUGCCCGUUUCAAGUGCUCGGUUCGUCAUUUCAUUCUCAUGUUGAGGCUUGGUGUGAGACCUGAUCGGCUAACCUUCCCGUCUGUACUCAAGUCUAAUUCCAAAUUAGGGUUUAGAUGGUUGGGUAUGGCUCUCCAUGCCGCGACUUUGAAGAAUUUUGUUGGCUGUGAUUCCUUCGUCAGGGUCUCUUUGGUCGAUAUGUAUGCCAAGACGGGAGAACUAAACUAUGCAUUCCAAGUGUUCGAAGAAAGUCCUGAGAGAAUUAAAAAGGGGAGUAUCUUGCUAUGGAAUGUUUUGAUUAAUGGGUAUUGUCGAGCCAAGGAUAUGAAAAUGGCUACAGCACUUUUUGGAUCCAUGCCAGAGAGAAAUUCAGGAUCUUGGAGUACUUUGAUCAAGGGUUAUCUGGAUAGCGGCGAGUUGGACAGAGCAAGGCAGCUUUUUGAAGUAAUGCCAGACAAAAAUGUGGAGAGAAGCCAGACAAGGUUGUAUUUCUUGCAGUUCUAACUGCAUGUUUGAACGCAGGCGAAAUAGACUUGGGAAUUAACUUCUUCGAUAGCAUGAGGCUUGACUAUGCCAUUGAGCCCACACUGAAACAUUAUGUGCUAGUCGUUGAUCUGUUAGGUAGAGCAGGGAAGUUGAAGGAAGCACACGAGCUUAUAGAAACUAUGCCUAUAAGUCCUGAUCUUACCACAUGGGCUGCACUCUAUCGUGCUUGCAAGGCGCACAAGAGUAACAGAAGGUGUGAAAUGGUGUCGCAAAAUCUUUUGGAGAUUGAACCAGAGCUUCGGGGUAGUUACAUUUUCUUAGACAAAACAAAUGCAGCUAAAGAGAAGUGUCAAGAUGCAGAGAAAGGAAGAGUACCAUCGCAGAAGAAAGUCAAAGAAAGGUGCAAGGGAUGGAGUUAUAUCGAAAUAGACGGUCAACUGAACAAAUUUGCAGCAGGUGAUAGUUCUCAUAAGCUAGCACAAGAGGUAUGUUUGAAGCUUGAGGAGAUCAUUUCGCUUGCUGUUGAGAGUGGAUACAUUCCAGGAGCUGAUUGGUCCAUUCAUGACAUUGAAGAAGAAGAGAAGGAAAAUGUUACGGGAAUCCACAGUGAGAAACUGGCUCUUGCACUUGGGCUUCUUAGAACUGCUCCUGGAACCGCGAUAAGGAUCGUUAAGAACCUUAGAAUCUGCGGAGAUUGUCAUUCUCUGAUGAAAUAUGUUAGUAAGAGGAGCCAAAGAGAUAUUCUACUGAGAGAUGCAAGACAGUUUCAUCAUUUCAAAGACGGAAGUUGUUCAUGUGGUGAUUAUUGGUGAUAUAGUUUUGUCAUCAGUAAGGUGCCUUCAGGUUCGUGCACGAGAAUGACUCAAAACCACCAACGAGGAUGUUCUGUAACAUCCCAGCCUUCAGCUGCAUGAAAGUUCUGUUCAUUCGUGGCGCUUUCUUGUAAGAAUUUUGUCUUGUUCGUGUACACAAGAGUAGGAAUCAAGACAAGCUCAUGAUCUCUGAGACCAGACCACACAUCGCAUCAUAUCCGGCCAAGGUGAUUCCGUGUUUAAGUCUUCAGUGUAAUCAAUUUAGGGUUUUUCUAGGGUUCCGUUACUUUUCAUCAUUCGAAUCGCUGAAGGAACCAGGAAUGUAGGAUGAUGGUUGAUGGGAUUUGAUAAUGAAGGAUCUCCCAGCUCCACUUUGAGAAGUUUUAUGUUUCUUGCCACUCUGCUGUUGAAGCAUUUCCUUGAUCUCUGCUUCCCUAUCAAUUCCUUGAAACUUGGUGCUACAAUGUAUUCUUCUAUUAUUUUACUUACUAUAACAAAAUAAUAUUCUAAAUCUAUUUUUUGUGAGCUUGUGUGUCAAAGUUGUUGAUUUUACAGAGAAAUUUUUGUGAGCUACACAAGGAUAAUGUUCCAAGUUGAUAAAUAUAACAAGUUCUUCAAAA